AUGGGAUGCGAAGUCGAUAGAGGGUCCACCAGCUCGACGUCGCUUCAUGGCUUCCUAUCAAACGUCCGGGUCUCCAUCGCUCGCAGACUCGGACACUCUGCCGUAUUUUCCCAGCCUGUGGGAGUGGACCUGGAGCUGCUUCCUCCAGGUGACAUGGAAGGAAUGUCUGAGAAAGAGAAACCUCCUCCAGUCCUCAUUUCGCUCUUCCUGCCAGAGUUUCCACAACGUAAAUCUCCAUCAGAGGACUGUUUUCAGGUUCUCCAUGUCAUCGCUAAAGGCUCUCCUGGACCGGUCCUAAAAGUCAGGGUUGUUCAUCAGGAGAAGGUUUGGGCUGCUAAGGUUCUACCAACGUCAGAGAUCUUAAAACAGGGAGUGCUGGAGCAAACGAAAGAAGUUAUAAUUCAGAGGCAGCUCAGUCAUCCGUUUAUUCACCGUGUGCAGGACUGCUGGCAGACACAGCACCACCUCUUCAUCAUGUUUGAAAACUGCGGCGCUGGAGACUUGUACACGUCCUGGUUACUGAAGGGCCAGUUUGACCAGGACCAGGUUCGACUCCUUGCUGCAGAGCUGGGCAGUGCCUUGGGUUUCCUACACGAUCUGGGAAUUGUCCAUAGAGGCGUAAAGAUGGAAAACAUUCUGUUGAGUGAUCAAGGUAGGGCACAUCUCUUUUUAUACUCUUUUUAUACACAUGUAGCCAGAUAUCUGGGAAAACAAAUACAUUUGAAAACAUCCACAUGAAAACUUUGUAUUAAAAAAACAAUAUUUGUAUUUGUGUACACACAAAUACAAAUUGGAAAAUGAAGAUUUUGUGCUUCACGCAUUAGAGUCUGUGACAAAAAGUGUACCAAUACAUCCACAUACUUGAUUUGACACGAUUCCGUCGACAUUCUUGUGUUUUGUUAACUUUAUAUUCUAAUAAGCUAUUUUUAAAGUAGUUCAGCCUACAUAUCUGUCCAUACAAAUGAACCUCCUGGCGCCAUGUUUAAUUCCUAUCAGAAAGUUGUGGUUGUUUUGAAGCAAUUUGAUUGGUUGACAGGUUUUAGCUUUGCACUACACUGUAACAGAACGUUCAGCUUUGAAAAAGUUUCCCCACAGCCUUGGGCACCGUGGGUUCACUUGAUGUUUGGUGGCCAACUUUCAGCCGCCGCACGACCUACUUAAAGGACCCCUCCAGAACCCAUUUAGGACAUCCAUAAUAGGAUGGAAAAUGGAGCACCAGAUAAAGUAUCAUCAUUAAACGCCUUUAAUUAGUUAACGCGGGGGAAAAAAUAACCCCUAAGGUUCCCAAGGGAGAUAACCGAGUAUAAUUGCUGAACUUCGCAGAGCCGUGGGUCUAUUUCAGAACCGUGUCUGCUGAAUGGGAGAGAGUCGGCUCCUCCCUGACACUGAAUUCCCUCUCAGGCCUUUGUCUUAGACAGGUCCGUCAAGUCUGUGUUGUGGCUGUGCGGGUGGCACGCAGUCCAGUGACCCACAUCUGCCUUGGCAGGCACACUGACCCAAAAUAGAGGAGAGAGGAGAGAGGAGUUCCCCG